AAGUGCGGGCGAGGAGGGACGAGCAAGCCCCCAGCGGCGAGAGAAAAUAGAGCGGGGAGACCGGGGGCGGCAGCGGUGGAGGAGGGGGAGGGGAUCGACGGAGCCACGGAGGCGCGAGACCAGGAGAGAAGGAGGUGGCGCGCGCGCCGACGUGAGAGAGCUCGGGGGUCGCGUCGAGGCCGCAGAGAACAAAUCUCAUGAAAUCAUCACUAGUAACACACUGUAAGCGGCAUCUAUUUCUUGUUGAAGAACAUCAAUUCAUCGGUGGGACAGAAAUCCCUGAAGUCUUCGCAAGUGAGCCACCUACAGUAGACAAUGUCAGCUUCUUAUCAGCAACCCAAUGAGAAUAUCAGUCAGGUCAAGGCCUGCCGAUGUGGGGCAGGAGAUUCUAACUUUCAGAACACUAAUAAAUCUGAAGCUAGUGAAAAUUCACCAACCACUUGUCCAAACUGUCAGGUUCUUAAGAGUGGGAAUUUACUGCUCUCGUCUAAAGGGAUUGGCUGGACAGUAUGGAAAAAGCGCUGGUUUAUACUUACAAGGACAUCAUUAGUGUUCUUCAGGAGUGAUCCUAAUGCUCCCCCUCCCAGAGGAAGUGAACCAAUUGUUACUCUUGGCGGAAUUGACUUGAAUAACACUGCAAGUAUGAUAGUCAAAGAAGAAAGGAAAACUAUAACAGUGGUCUUUCCUGAUGGUCGCGAUGGACGCACUUUCACCCUUAAGGCAGAAACUACAGAAGACCUAAAUGAGUGGAGAAGUGCAUUAGAGAGUGCUCUGGCUCAGGCACCCAGUGCUGUGAAUACAGCUGGACAACAUCCAAUUGUCAGCAAUGACAUAACAGAACCUGCUGAAACUGCUGUUGAACAAUCGGACGGUGCAUCUGUAAUUGGCAGACCAGCAGAAUUUGCACUUGUUGAUGCUGAUGGCAAUACAGCAUUCUUGGAGAAGGCUUUAAAAUUCAUCGAAGAUUAUGGUGUGAAGGUUGAAGGAAUCCUCCGUCAGUCUGCUGAUGUUGAAGAAGUCAAACGCAGAGUUCGGGAUUACGAAAAGGGAAAGAAUGAGUUCUCCCCAGAAGAGGAUGCACAUGUUAUUGGUGACUGUAUUAAGUGCAUUCUUCGAGAGAUGCCAUCUUCUCCAGUUCCGGCACCAUGUUGCACUGCCCUGGUUAGAGCUUACCGAACUGACAAGACAAGAAGACUUGAUGCUAUGAAUAGAGUGAUAUAUGAAGUUUUCCCAGAACCAAAUCGCCAAUUGUUGCAGAGGAUUCUCAAAAUGAUGCAGAUUGUUGGAUCACACAAAGCUGUGAAUAGGAUGUCUGCAUCCGCUUUGGCAGCUUGCAUGGCACCGCUUCUUCUUCGGCCUCUUCUUCUUGGUGAAUGUGAAAUUGAUAGUGACUUCAGUAUGGCUGGGGAUGGUUCAUUUCAGCUGCUUCAAGCCGCUGCAGCUGCCAACCAUGCUCAAGCUAUUGUUAUUAUUAUGCUCGAGGAAUAUGAUCAGAUAUUUGAUGAUAUCGAAGACGGUUCAUACUCUUCAGAUGCUUAUACUGAGUCUGACAUUGACAAGGAAUAUUCGACAGAAAAUGACAUCCCUGAGGAUGAUGGUUCCUAUGGUUCUGGUGAAGAUGAUGUUGAAGAAGGUUUGAAUGAUAAUACUGGGCCCUCUUCUGGCAGUAGAAUUCGAAAUACAGAUGACCAGGUUAAUAACAAUAUCCCUGGCCCUGCGUGUGAUGACAACGAUAAAGUUGUUCAACCUCCUGCGAAGACCUUGAGAAUAGAGCAUGGUGUGCCAUCAGAAGAUAGUAAUCAAACUUCCUCUCUUCCAAAAGGGGAUGAUGCCUCUCAACUGGAGAACAACCUUCCAUCCCAAUCAAAACAAGAAUUGUGUGAAUCAAAGAGAUCCACAGAUCCUAUACAAAAACCAAAUGCCCAUUCAUCAUCUUCGAGAGCAGAGCUUAUGGAGAAAACAAGCAGCUCAACUAAUGAAAGCAAACGGAACUCAUGGGGGCGUACUUCAGCAAGAAAAGACCUCUCAACAGAGGAGGCGGACUGUUACAAUGAUGAUGAUGAGGCUCAUAUUGUGAAGCUUGAAAACAACAAGAGUCAUCUCCAAUCUAAAAUUACAGAGGAGGUAAGAGAAAAUACAGUCCUCCAGGCAAGUCUAGAAAGGCGAAAAGGAGCACUACAUGAGCGCCGUGUAGCACUUGAAAAAGAAGUGGAAAACUUACGAGACCAGCUGCAGAAGGAGAGAAAUUUAAGGGCUUCAUUGGAGUCCGGGUUAAUGAAUAUGCGAAGAGGACAUGUGUCCUUCCCGUCAACGAUAGACGGCAAGACUAAGGCUGAUCUUGAGGAAGUUGCCGCCGCUGAAGCUGACAUCAUGAACUUGAAGCAAAAGGUUUCCGAUCUUCGUGGACAAUUGAACAACCAGGCCCAACUGAGUUCCACUUCAUUAUGUGAAUCAUGCAACAACAAGCAACUCCUAAAUGCAGACAAGCUUGUCGAAGGGGAACAAAAUGCUGCCCUUUCUCCAGAGAUUAGCUCCUCAGUCAAAGCACCAUCAACUUUAAUGUCUAAUUCUGUACCUGACAUGUUCUGGGCUACAAACCAAAUGGUUCAAAAGAUGUUGACUUCCAAGGAUGGCCAAGACGGGUCACUUGCCACAAGGUGGAACUUUGCGCAGAACAGGGUUCCAGGUUCAAAUACGCAUUCAAGUAAUAAAACAGAGGAAUCUGGGGUCGCAGCAUCCUCGGCAUUAGCCAAGCUGACUAACCGACUCAAUUUUUUGAAAGAGAGAAGGGCGCAGCUUGCUAGUGAGAUGCAAAACUUAGAUCUGGGUCGCCCCCAGGCCCAGGGGCCUACAGCUACAGCUCCUCCGAAAAGAGAUUCCAGCUGAGAAGUAAAAUUGUGUUACUGCAUAUAUUCCCGGAAGAGGAUUGCUGGCAAUGUUUUCAGAAACUUUGAUUGGACAAACAACCUAGUUAUAGAUUAACAUAUUCUGGACAUCAUGCUGGUUAAUCGUGUCUUCACCAUAAUGUUAUUGGUAUAUAUACCAGUUCUGUAGCAACGUAACUGACGGUCAACCUGGUAUGUACUAUUCUCUUCAAAUACUCUGGGCCACAUCCCAAGUACAGUUGCCGGGCUGUAGGCCAGUUCGAUUAGCUUGAGGUACUCGGAGUGGUAUCUAUUAUUCACCUCAGUUACUUAUGAUCAAGCUUUGUAAGAAUAUAGAUUUUUUUUU